AUGACAGAGGAAAAGCACAACCCUCCUGUCCAGGAGAAGGGCACCGUCGAUCUCUACGAGACUGUGUCGACCUCUUCGGACUCGGAGCAAGAACAUCUUUUCGAUGAAAAGGCAACUGCUCGUCUUGUACGAAAGAUCGACUUGCGACUGUUGCCCUUCCUUGCCCUGUUGUACCUCCUAUCUUUCCUCGAUCGUACCAACAUCGGCAAUGCUCGUCUUGCUGGUCUCGAGAAGAGUCUCAAGAUGACUGGUCUCGAUUACAACAUUGCUUUGGCCAUCUUCUUCCCCUUCUACGUGCUCGCUGAAAUUCCGAGUAACAUGAUGAUGAAGCGUACUCGCCCCGCACUUUGGAUCCCCUUCAUCAUGGUUGUCUGGGGUAUUUGCACCACUCUUCUUGGUGUUGUAAAGAACUACCACGGACUUCUCGCUGCUCGUGCCGCUCUUGGUCUCGCCGAGGGUGGUCUCUUCCCUGGUGUCACUUUCUACAUCACCAUGUGGUACCGUCGUCACGAGUGUGGUCUCCGCAUGGCCAUCUUCUUCUCUGCUGCAACCUGCGCUGGUGCUUUCGGUGGUCUUCUCGCCCGUGGUAUCAUCGAGAUGGAAGGUGUCGGUGGUCUUCCCGGCUGGGCCUGGAUCUUCAUCCUCGAAGGUCUUCUCACCUUCAUCGUCGCCAUUGUUGCCUUCUUCUACAUGAACGACUACCCCCAGACCGCCAAGUUCUUGACCGAGACCGAAAAGAAGGAAAUUUCUCGCCGCCUCGAAGAGGACCGCAGCUCGCUCGCCGACGAGUACGGUACCAAAUACUUCAAACAUGCCAUGUCAGACUGGAAGAUUUGGUGCCACAUGUUCAUUACCUUCGGCAUUUACACCCCUCUUUACAGUUUCUCGCUUUUCCUGCCAACUAUCGUCAAGACUCUCGGCUACAGCAACGAAAAGGCUCAACUUAUGAGUGUCCCUCCCUACAUUGUUGCUUGCUUCUGCUGUAUCACCGGCGGAUACUUUGCCGAUAAGCUGCGCACUCGCGGUGUCUUCAUGAUCGGUUUCACCCUCACCGCCAUGCUCGGUGUCAUCCUCCAGAUCGCUUCCAACAACCCUCACGUCAAGUACGCCGGUGUCUUCCUCUUCGCUUGCGGUAUCUACCCCAACGUUCCUCAAGGUGUCGCCUGGAACGGCAACAACAUCGGUGGUUCCACCAAGCGCGGUGUCGGUAUCGCCAUGCACGUCGGUUUCGGUAACCUCGGAGGUAUCCUUGCUUCUUUCGUCUACCUCAAGAAGGACUCGCCCAAGUUCCACACUGGUCACUUCAUCCUUCUUGGCUUGAUGAGCAUGUCUCUCAUCCUUCAGAUCCUCAUGACCAUCUACCUCCGUCGCGAGAACGCUCGCAGAGAUGCCGAGUACAAGCGUCCAGAGGAGUACACCGUUGCUGAGAAGGAGCUUGAGCGCGAGCGUGGCGACAAUGCCAGUUUCUUCCGCUACACUGUUUAA